AGUGGGCGUACUGGGUUUUCUGGUCCGACUUGACAAUUCUCUUGUCCUUUAUCACACUUCUUGCACUCUCUGUUGUCCUCUUUGUCGGAGUCCGGUGGGGUGAAGGGGUUCACAUGAAGGAUUUAAGCCCAUACCAGCGGCAGCAAGUACUCAUUGCUUACUUUCUCUACUCCGUCUUCUACAAGUGGGGUGCCGGAAUUUCCAAGAUGGCGACUUGUUUCCUGCUCCUCGCCAUAUCGGCACCGCAUAUGGUUGCCUUCAACCGUUUCUGCCUCGGCAUGAUAGCAUACAUUCUCGGAUAUAGCAUUAGUUGCUCCAUUGCUACCGUGUUCCAGUGCGGAUCCGACCCGCGGGCGAACUGGGAUCCCAGCCUCGACCGGAAAGACUGCUUCUACAAGCCCCCCUUUUGGUUCGCACACGGAGGGCUCAACAUUGUGGCCAUCAUUGCCACCGGGACCUUGCCAUGGUGGCUCUUCAUGAAAGUCACGGUCCGGCGCAGACACUGGAUUGCGACAUUGAUGACAAUCCUCGUCAUUGGCGAACUUGUUCCGUCCGUCUAUCGUCUCUACGGUCUCUAUCUGUCUUCUCAGCACCUUGAUGAUAUAUCUUAUAUCACAACUACUGGCAUCUUUGUAUCGCAGCUGGAGGUCGAAUUUGGCGUAACCGCGGCGUGCGUGCCCACCAUGCUCAAGAUCCUGGAGGAGGGCUGGGAUUUUUUCAGCCUAAAGGUUCUCGGCAGGAGGAGGGAUUCGGGGCCAGAGAUUGUUGCUGGUGACAGCCGCGAAAAUAUGAUCAACAGGGACGAAUCAGGGGAAAUUAGGGUGGAAAAGACAUAUGCCGUGUCUUCCAGCAGCGGGACCGGGGCUGAGGAAUUCGGGGGCUGA